GUGGAGGUGGGAAGCUGGGGGAUGCAAUGAUAUCCGCUCGGUUGAAGGGCAGCUGAGUUGGAGAGUGAGUGUGACGUGGGUUCAUGCUUAGAGAGGGGGGAGAUACAAACAUUUGCGGGCAAAUAGGCAACAACAUGCAGGCGGAAAGAAGGUGCUGAAGGUUUCGAUAGCCGAGGAGGGAAGACAGAGAUACAAACAUGCAUGCGCAUACAAGAAAGGAUACACACCUUGUUUUCUUUUUCUUCCCUCCCCAUUCUUAUUCUCCCUCUCGCCCCACUCCCGCUCCCACUCCCACUCAUCCGCUUCUUUUCAUUCGCCCUUCCCCCAUCCACUCGUCUUGUCAUCCGCUUGUUGAUCCGCUCUCUUGCCUGCCCUGGCGCACAGUCCACUGCGCCCUGCCCCACACCGAUCAACUCUAAAAUAUCUCCGCUCCAGGAACCGUCGUCCGUGUCCACUCCUCACCAACCAGCGCCGUGUCAGGAACACGACCCAGCGUACCAUGGCUGCCAUACACUCGCCCACCUGUCCUCAGAACCCUCCUCAGACCUUCCUGGACAAGAGGACCCCGCUCCUACCACGGCAGUCGACCAGCGAUGUCCUUUCCUUCACACAUAUCAUUGCAGAUCGUCUAGCCCCCGGUCAAAACGUCUGGGAUUUUUUCUCGCCUCCUCCCCCGCCUCCUCUUGCUGCAGGAGUAGAGGAGCAGAAAUGUAAACUAAGACACGAGGCGACAGAUGAGGUCUGCAGUACUUCGAAGGCAGCCUUUGAUGGCCUACCGCCACUGUCGCCAACGUCCCCGACCACGCGGUGUCCUGGUAGUCUCCAACAGCCGCAGCCACAGCAGCAGAAGCAGCAGCGACUGUCGAUGACAGCGAUGAUUUCACCCACAUCACCAUUGUCGCCUUCGUUCGGGAUGUUCAAUACGCCUGAUAUGGCCAACAGCAGCAAAAGAAGUAGCUGGGGCGGCUAUAGUAACAGCAAGCGACAGAGUCUGCCGGCAGAUGUGAUGUUGCCACAGCAGGGAAACACGAACCGCCCCAACAGUAGCAGCAAUAACGACAGGAUCAAGGCCUGGAGCGUUGAUUUCAGUUCGUCUUCAUCGACACUUAUUACUUCGUCACCAACCAACAUCAUGACCACCAACAAUAGCGGUAACGCUCCGAUCUUUGGAGUCGAAUUAACGAGAUCGUUGUCCACAUCAUCGGCGACAGUUGGUGUAGGAGCAAAAGCAGGAGGGAAUAAUGGCGGUGGUGGUGAAGGAGUGGUGGAGGGUAAGACGCCCAAGUUACACAAACGUCGAUCGUUUGCUCAAUCGCUCAGGAACAGUGUGCUCAGUCUCACACAGCUUCUCUCCCCGACUUCUUCAUCUUCGUCUUCACGAACACAAAGUCCGGCGCCCUCCUCUGCAGCGGCUGCAACGAUGGCGAUAACGGUCACGGCGACAGGUAUUCCUCAUUUUAACGUGUUGGUGCUGGGCUCGGAUUCGUCGCCGUUAGCGAGCACGCUGUACAAGAUGUCGAGUCUUCUACCGGGGACGAGUAAGAUUCGACAUUAUCAGGAGAUCUCGGGGUUCUUUGUUGCGCACUUUCGAGCCAACGACGGGGUUAUUUGUGAGGGAAAACCAUCAGAGAAUAAACAGAAGCAACAGCAGCAGAGCGAGCAGAAGGACGAAAAAGAGGAGGAGGAGGAGGUCAAGAGUCCAAGGUCGUCAACUCUGGAAUCUGAGGAUGGAGAAGGGUGCAACGACCGGGCAAGUGAGGAGACAUUGCUGCAGUUGAGGCAAUCGUUCACACAGGAGACGUUGACGGAGAGCACCUGUGGCAGGAGCAGCAGCGAUAACAGCACCGUGAAUAGUGUUAAGGAACUGCAGCAAGAGGAGGUCCUGGCAGAUGAUGAAAAGUCUACGGGAAAGACAGGCGAUAUACAAACGCAGGGAGACACCGCAGUAACGGUGCCAGCACCAGUGCCUUCAGAUCCAAAGCCAGUCGAUUCCACAACAGCCGCUCCUUCUCCUACUUCUGCUUCUUCUUCUUCUUCUUCGUUGAAUGACAAUCACGAAGGAUCAUCGCAAAACCGCUCCGCAGAGGCCAGCCUAUCUAUCCACGCCUUCUCACUCGACACGACCUGGCCCGUACCUCGGAUUUUGGCCCAAACCUUCUGGUUCCCAUAUGCGCACGGGAUCAUCUACAUCGUGGAUGCGUCCCGCAAGAAUGAUCCCCGCGGAAUCGAUCAUAUCCUGAACGCACGACAGUUCCUAGCCUCCCUUGUCGCGGAUCCACAUUUCUGCAGGAAGGAUAUUCCGGUGGUCGUGUUUGCGAAUAAGGCAGGCACGGAUCCGGAGACAUGUUACCGGUUGGAUGAGAUUAUAGAGAUCUUGGGGUGUGAGGAGUGGGAUGUGAGCUGUGGAGGAAAAAAAGGAGGAGGAGGAGGAGGAGGCGAAAGGGAGAAGAGAGAGAAGGGGAUGAGGCCCUGGUGUGUAAAGAGCACGAGGGCCGAUUUUGAGGGCGAUGGAAUUCAAGAGUCCGUAGAGUGGCUCAAGGGUCGUAUGGGUGAGGUCUGGAGCUAUUAUUAAGCAGUUCUUUUCUGUCUAUGGGAGUUUAUUUCGAUACCAGCUAUU